UCCUCCUCUAACGGGCGGACCCGGAACAGUCUCCCCGACCGAGAGCAGCGGCCGAGCAGCGGAGUCCGCCACACCGGGACCAUGGAGGACGGGCUGGCGGAGGAGCUGGAGCUGGAGAAGAGCAUCCGCCGCCUUCGAGAGAAAUUUCAUGGCAAGAUCCCGAUAGAGAAGGCCAUGUCUCUGAUGAAAAAAUGGGCCAACAAUCAUGACCAGGUGACCAAUUUGAUCCUUCUGUGCAGGCAUGAAACUAAUGAUGUGGACCAAGGCAACAGAAACAGGUCAACAGAAGGCAAUGCUACACCGGAGAAUAUGCGCUCCGACAGGGAAAUAAAGAACCUGGCUGAAACAUUAAAUUGUUUGCCUCUGACUGAAGAAAAUCUUAGGAUGUUUAACAAUGCCUCCGAAAACCGAAUUCCCUCUAGUGACAGACAGUUCUCGUGCAAAGACUGUGACAAGAUGUGGUGGAGACGCGUUCCUACGAGGAAGGAGGUGUCAAAAUGUCACAGCUGUCGUAGAAAAUUUGACCCUAUUCCACAUGACAAGAUGUGGGGGAUUGCGGAGUUCCACUGCCUUAACUGCAGACGCACGUUCAAGGGAUUUUCACAAAUGGGGCUUUCGUGCCCAUGUUACAUGUGCGGCAAUCCAGUCACACCUACUCGAAUACUCCCUCCACGGCGGAAUAAUGGCCCACGAACCCGAAACCCUCACAGCUGCUUCGCAGAAAAUUGUUAUAAUCGAAGAGAGCCCUACAUUCCUGGCCACGAGUGUGUCCAUCCCCGGAGCAGGGCCAGAAAUAACUGUCCCAAAGUCCUAUAUGCCAGCAUGCUGCACCUGAGCACAGGAUCCACGGUGGCUACAUGCCUCAGCCAGGGCAGCCUGACCCAGUGUGAUCUCGAUGAUCUCAUUCUGGAUGACAUACGGGAGUCUGACGAAGACGGGAGUGACAGUAACGACAGCUAGAAUCGAGAUGCAAUGUCCAAGUGCCAUCAGGAAUUUCCAUAUGCACCGUAGAGCCCUCUCCUGGGACAUAUGUCACGUUACCUGAAAGCACCUACAUUCAUAUUUUCAAAGGAAUGAAAAUUCCCAAUAUAUACCUAAUGUCGGAACUGCUCCUUUUUCAAGAAGGAAUUUUCUAAUAAUAAAGCAGGGAAGCCAGUGUGUCAUUAAAGGGGUUUCUAGUUGUGGGCAUAUCACUAGGAUUGAUGAGAAUCUGACUGCUUGCUAGAGUAAAGGGUCUUCUAUGGGGAAGAGCGGCCACUUCCUUCUUGUGACUGGUGAGGACCAAUGCAGUCAGACGCCCACCAAUCACUAAAGGAUGGCAUAUUGCCCAGAUGUGCCAUCACUUGAUAUGACCUGAAUACCCUCGUUGUAUGAUGGCCUGUGCUUGCCACUAUAAGCAGAAUACAGGCUGCCAUUAACAGCAACCCACAUUCUGCAGAUGGAUUUAAAAGGCAAGGACGAGUCAUUGUAAUUUUUCUGCACCCUAAGGACUCUUUUACAAGUUUUCCAUAAUUUUUCACGCAUCAUCUGUGUUCAGGAAAAAUCUCAGCAAGGUCUCUAUUGUGCGUUUUUCACGCAGGUUUGGCUCUAUAGAAGUGAAUGGGGCUUGCGUGAAAAACGGAUUGCAUUCCGGAUGCAGUGUAUUUUUCCCUUGUGUUUGUUAGAAGAUAUAAGUUGUUAUUCUUCAGUUUUACACAUACAAUUCGGAUACAAUCCAGAGGGAAACAAUCUACACACUGAACGCAAUCGCAGAAAAAAGUGAUUGAACUUGCGUGCGAAACCAUCAGUUUAUUCCUGAAAGGAUCCUGACACAAUCUGUAUCUUGUGUGAAAGAGACCUUAUGUUCCUUCUAUUAAAAGGAGUAGUCCAGCACAAAUAGAUAGAUAUAUAUAGCAUGCAGAUGUGUCUUUUCUCACCUUUCCUCUCGGCUCGAGAUGUCCUUUGGUGAGUGGAGUAAGUUGACCAGCUUUGGAAAAAAAAACUUUGCAAACAGAGUAUUGCAGAAGAUUUAUUUUAUAGAUGGUCUUCUCGCACCAGUCUUCUCUAGGUAUCGUGAGCCAUGAGGAAUGUUAAGGAAGGAGAUAUCUGAUAUGUAAUUGUUACUUAUGCAAUCCCCCAAUUGUGAAGGCUCAAACUAAAUUGCCUUCAAUCAGUGCCUUAUUCGUGUGGCUCAGGACUGUGCAGAUGAGUGAUCCCUUCCUUGGGGUGAACUUACCUCCAUUGCCGCUUUUCUUGUUCCUGCUUUUUGACAUUUCAGUGUCCGUUGCCAUUUCUGUUUCCAGAAAUGAAAUGUUCUACUGUUUUCCAAAUAUUUUUGUUAAUAUUAAAUAUGUUUUACAGCAAA